GUUUAAAUUCUACGUUGCUCCUACCUUAUUUUAUUAUUAUAUAUUGUAAAUAUUUUAAUUUAAUUUAUUAUAUUUAAAAAUGUUAGCAAAAAAGUUGUAGUUGGAAGUAGAACAUAAGUUUUAAGCAAAGAAACUCUCGUCUUCCUUAGCUGAAACAGAACUCCUCAAGUCCCAGAGUUGAGAAGCAGUUGAAGAACUGGAAGAAGAAGAACGAUUUGCGUUUCUCGUACAAAAAUGUCCCAACAUGAGAGUUCUCCGCCAGCUUCACGCCCACAUUCUCACACGCCCUCUUCCCCUUUCUUCAUUUGCCUUUGCACUUUCCAAAAUCGUUGCUUUCUGUGCUCUUUCUCCCUUUGGCAACAUCGAUUAUGCCCGCUCAGUUUUUGCUCAAAUCCCACACCCCAACAUUUUCUCUUGGAACUCUCUAAUCAAGGGCUAUUCCCAGAUUUAUACCCCCUCCAAAGAACCUAUAUUUUUGUUCAAGAAGCUUACUGAAACAGGGUACCCUGUUCCCAACUCCUUCACGUUGGCUUUUGUUCUCAAAGCUUGUGCGAUUGUUGCAGCGUUUGGAGAGGGUUUACAGGUUCAUUCCCAUGUUUUAAAGGAUGGGUUUGGCAGUAGUCUGUUUGUUCAAACUUCGCUGGUUAACUUUUAUGGAAAAUGCGAAGAGAUUGGUUUUGCUAGGAAGGUGUUCGACGAAAUGCCUGUGAGAAACUUGGUGGCUUGGACUGCGAUGAUUAGUGGGCACGCGAGAGUUGGAGCAGUUGAUGAAGCUAUGGGGUUGUUUAGGGAGAUGCAGAAGGCUGGGGUUCAACCGGAUGCGAUGACUCUAGUGAGUGUCGUUUCGGCUUGUGCUGUGGCGGGGGCCUUGGAUAUUGGCUGCUGGUUGCAUGCUUACAUUGAGAAAUAUUUUGUUUUGACUGAUCUCGAGCUUAGCACUGCACUUUUAGAUAUGUAUGCUAAAUGUGGAUGUAUUGAGAGGGCAAAGCAGGUUUUUGUUCAUAUGCCUGUGAAAGAUACUACAGCUUGGAGCUCCAUGAUUAUGGGCUUGGCAUAUCAUGGACUUGCAGAGGAUGCUGUAGACGCGUUUCAACAAAUGUUGGAAACUGAGGUGAUGCCGGACCAUGUAACUUUCCUCGCCGUUCUAUCAGCAUGUGCUCACGGUGGACUUGUCUCUCGAGGUCGAAGAUUUUGGUCACUCAUGCUUGAAUUUGGCAUUGAGCCAUCAGUUGAGCAUUAUGGUUGCAAAGUUGAUUUACUAUGCCGAUCAGGUCUUGUUGAAGAAGCUUAUAGAAUCACUACGACAAUGAAAAUCCCCCCAAAUGCUGCAACUUGGCGGAGCUUGCUAAUGGGUUGCAAGAAGAAAAAACUGUUGAAUCUAGGCGAGAUCAUUGCCAGGUAUCUUCUUGAACUAGAACCCUUAAAUGCAGAGAACUACAUUAUGAUUUCAAAUUUGUAUUCUUCUCUUUCUCAAUGGGAGAAGAUGAGUGAACUAAGAAAGGUGAUGAAGGAGAAAUGCAUUAAGCCGGUACCGGGUUGUAGCUCGAUCGAAGUUGAUGGUGUUGUUCAUGAGUUUGUAAUGGGUGACCAGUCCCAUCCUGAGGUGAAAGUGUUGAGAGAGUUUAUGAAAGAAAUGUCGAUGCGAGUCCGGGAUUCAGGGUACAGGCCUAGUAUUUCAGAUGUACUUCACAAAGUUGUGGAUGAAGAGAAAGAAUGCGCUUUAAGUGAGCAUAGUGAGAGAUUUGCAAUUGCAUAUGGGCUACUAAAAACAAGAGCACCUGUUGUGAUUAGGGUAGUGAAGAAUCUGAGGGUUUGUGUAGAUUGCCAUGAAGUGAUCAAGAUAAUCAGUAAGUUAUAUGAAAGAGAAAUUAUUGUACGAGAUCGAGUUCGAUUCCAUAAGUUCAUAAAGGGUACUUGCUCUUGUAAGGAUUUCUGGUGAAUGAUGUUUUUUCUUUUAA